AUGCAGAGCGACUCGACAAAUGUUUCGGUGCGGCCGGCGGGCGCUGGCCAGGUCAGGCAAGUCAUGAUCAAUGGCUCGGGCCAGCAUUCGCUCAUACGCCGUGCUGCUGCACUCAAAGACCCCAACAAGCCGCUGUCGACUCGUGCAGCGGGCGCUGGGGGCAGUAGCAACACGAUGAUGCGACUGUACACAUCUGACGACACGCCAGGCCUGAGAGUGUCCAGAUCCAUUGGUUGUGCUCAGCUUGGCGAUAGCGUUCAUCCUAUCGGUGGUCGUGCUCCACCUGUCGAGCAAAGCUAUGCGCUACUUCACCAAAUAAGGGCGACAGUGAUAGCUCCAAAAGGCGGCAAGCCAGGCCGUCGACUUGUAGCAAGACGAAUGCAGCGGCAUAGCGGCAUGGCGUCAUGA